UUUAUUCAGUUUGUCAACGGCUGUUAAAUCGAUUGCUCAACGAAUAAGACUACAAAAUGACUCGAACUACAUUUGUGUAUAGUAGUUUUUUGAUUUUCCUCACUUGCUUCGCAGCAUCAGUGACAACUAUUUACACUGUCAUAAAUUGGUACCGUUCUAUAACAUUCCAAUCAAGCGCGAUCAGUAUUAUAAACAGUAAUGACAAAAUCGAUCCGAAGAAAAUUCUUCUGAGUUUUCCUUACUGCAAUGCCCCGAACAGAUCAAUCCAAUGUGUUAUAGAUGAUACGGAUUGCAUACAAAACGCACAUAAUCAGAUGAAAAAAGAUAAAAUUGAAACUACUGUUUUUAUUCAUGGACAUCAAGAGACGACAAAAGUUACACCUGAACGUCUAGCUACACGUUUCUACCUAGACAUCGUCUCAGCCUAUUGUUCACAAAAUAACUCUGUCAUUGCAAUACUCGACUGGUCCAAAUUGGGAUAUUGCGACGCAUUAUUGCUUUCUACUCGAAUAGACCAAAUCGGACAGAUAAUCGCAUCUACUUUUAACUCUUUAAACAAUAAAGGAUACGAAAUAGCAAAAUGGCAUUUGAUUGGACAUUCCGUGGGUGCUCAUAUUGCAGGUUGCAUUGGAACAUACAGUAAUUUUACUUUUUUACAUAUUACAGGUUUAGACCCCGCGGGAGUUUUCGUUUUCACUGACUUGUACAAAGGUUGUGUAAUGAAUCCGACAGUCGCACAUUUCACGGAUGCUUUUUACACAAAUCGUGGUGCACUUUCCGCUGUGAAAAAUGUAGGCAAUCUUAAUAUUUACGCCAAUUCUGGAACAGCACCCCAACCUGGCUGCUAUUCAAAUGCUUCGUCACAAAUAGACGUGCAUGUCUGCAGCCACAUUAAAGCAAUAGAAUGGUAUGCCGAUGCCGUGAAAAACGAAACAAAAUAUUUGGCCACAAAAUGUGAGGACUGUAUGUUGUUCCUACGUUACAAAUACUGCCAAGAAAAUGACCAGAUUUACCUUGGACCGCAUGUAGACACGAAAAAAACCGGCAUCUACUGUCUACCAAUCAAUUAAAGGAUGUUUUCGUCUGUUAGAUAAAAAUAUAGCAAAAUAAGUAUUAUGAAUAAUCCGUAGUUGCGAUAAAUUUAAACUAUUUGUAUUAUUUUCGGCCUAAGCAAUUAUUAUAAAAGAUGAUCCAUAAUACAUCGCAAUACUAUCUAUUUAAAU